CCGGCGGGGUGAGUGAGCGCGGGCCAGACUCGCACUCGGCUAUUGUUGCCAGGACAGCUAGUUACCGGGGGCUGCCGGGACCGCGGCGAGAGACAGGCCCAGCGGCAGCCAUGAGCGGCGGGGUGUACGGGGGAGAUGAAGUUGGGGCUCUUGUUUUCGAUAUUGGUUCCUAUACAGUGAGAGCUGGCUAUGCUGGUGAGGACUGUCCAAAGGUUGACUUUCCCACUGCUAUUGGUGUGGUACUGGAAAGGGACGAUGGCAGCACCCUGAUGGAAAUAGAUGGUGACAAAGGCAAACAAGGGGGCCCUACUUACUACAUAGACACCAAUGCACUGCGAGUUCCAAGGGAAAACAUGGAGGCUAUUUCACCCUUAAAAAAUGGAAUGAUUGAGGACUGGGAUAGUUUCCAGGCAAUUUUGGAUCACACAUACAAGAUGCAUAUUAAAUCUGAAGCAAGUUUGCACCCUGUCCUAAUGUCUGAAGCACCAUGGAAUACCAGAGCAAAGCGUGAGAAAUUGACAGAACUGAUGUUUGAACAUUACAAUAUCCCUGCUUUUUUCUUGUGUAAAACUGCAGUUCUUACAGCCUUUGCUAAUGGUCGAUCCACAGGCCUAAUUUUGGAUAGUGGAGCAACUCACACCACUGCUAUUCCAGUGCAUGAUGGAUAUGUACUUCAACAAGGCAUUGUAAAAUCACCCCUUGCUGGAGACUUUAUUACUAUGCAGUGCAGAGAACUGUUUCAGGAAAUGAACAUAGAGCUAAUCCCUCCAUAUAUGAUUGCAUCAAAGGAAGCAGUUCGCGAAGGGUCACCAGCAAAUUGGAAGAGAAAAGAGAAGUUACCUCAGGUCACGAGAUCUUGGCACAACUAUAUGUGUAAUUGUGUAAUUCAGGAUUUCCAAGCCUCCGUCCUCCAAGUGUCAGAUUCAACCUAUGAUGAACAGGUGGCUGCACAGAUGCCGACCGUUCAUUAUGAAUUCCCCAAUGGUUAUAAUUGUGACUUUGGUGCAGAACGUCUAAAAAUUCCGGAAGGACUAUUUGACCCUUCUAAUGUAAAGGGCUUAUCUGGCAACACAAUGCUGGGUGUUAGCCAUGUUGUUACCACAAGCGUUGGAAUGUGUGAUAUAGACAUCAGACCAGGCCUCUAUGGCAGUGUGAUCGUAGCAGGAGGAAACACUUUAAUACAGAGUUUUACAGACAGACUGAACAGAGAGCUCUCUCAGAAAACUCCACCAAGUAUGCGGCUGAAGUUGAUAGCAAACAACACAACAGUGGAGCGGAGGUUCAGUUCAUGGAUUGGUGGUUCAAUUUUGGCUUCUCUGGGUACCUUUCAACAAAUGUGGAUCUCUAAACAAGAGUAUGAAGAAGGAGGGAAGCAAUGUGUAGAAAGGAAAUGCCCAUAGACCUCACCCUAUGAGAAACUGCUGCCUUCCCAAUGCUCCUUAUGUUUCAUAGCUUUAGUGUACUCAGGAAUGGGAUGGAAUCUUUUGUAGAAAGUUUAUACUGUUUUGGUUUUUUGCAUACUUCAAGAUCCAUUUUUACACACCUUAGACAUUGUUUAAAAGGCCUAACUUGUCCUGUCACAGAAAAUGGAUGUUUCAUCCCUUGAAAUGCAAUAACUCUUAUUAUAAGUAUUUUAUAAUUUUGUAUAAAUGUCUAUUUUCUCUAAAAAUCUUUUCCUGUGGGUAGCUUUACAGGUUAGCUGGUAGAUGCAAUACUUUGAAAUGCCCUUGCAUCAAAUUUAUUAAAAAAAAUCUUGUCUACUUUUACAGAUUAGUCUUCCCUGUUGAUAUGCUGUCCUUAACAAAUUACUCUAAUUUGUCUUUUAAAAAAAUAAAAUGGCCCCGUUUUCACAUUUUGAGCAACACUGGUUUUCAGCAAGCAUUCAUACUCUUCUGUAAUUAAUAAACAAUCCAGCUGGAAAACUAUUUUUUAUACUUAUCUAUCUGAGGCAGCCCCUUUCAACCUAAAGUGUGAAGCUGCUGCAAUAGCACUAGCCUUGUAGUGGAAAAUGUUCUCUUGAUAUUCUCCUCUUUCAUGGUGUACUAUGAAGUAGUUAAUAGCCAGAAUAUAGGCUAUGUAUAAAUUUGGUUCUAAAACUAUUAUGAAUAGAAGUGAGUUCACUUCAGUGAAUAUUUGGCAUAUACCGUACUUUCCACCUUCAGAGGUAUGAGAAUGCACUUAGCUUGGACAACGUGUGUGAUCUAGGUUAGUAGCAUCCUCAUUUUAGAGAUGGGGAACCUGAGGCAGUGACUGCCUAAAGCCACAAAGGAAAUCCAAGCUUGGUUUACAACUCAAGACCACCUGGCUCUGUUCUGUAUUUAGAUUCCACCCCUGCCAUAAUGAAGUUUUGGUUGUGAAUUUUAAAAUUCCCCUGUUAGAAAAGCACUGUGCCCAUUUGUUCUUUAAAGCAGUGGUCUCCAAAGUGGGAGGCGUGCACCCCAGGGGGUGUGCAAGAGGAUCCUUCGGGUGUGCAGCAGGAGAAGCGCCGCCAGAGCAGCGCCGCUUUUCCCCCCCAGCAGUUCGGCCAGGAGUCCGAGCGGCUUUUUUUGUUGUUGUUGCUUCGAUGGUUUGGCUGGGAGCAGGGGGUGUGUGCUCAAAAAUUUUUUACUGAUGAGGUGCAUGAUCAAAAAAGUUUGGAGACCACUGCUUUAAACAAUUAAAAAUGGCCACACGAAAGCUCUUGACACCCUAACAAUUACAAUCUAAUAAUGAUAAACCAAUACCAAUGAUAAACUGUAUAAAAUAGUCAUGCAGGAAAUAAAUGAACACAGCUCGCCAAUAACUUAAAAUCAAAAUGCUCCUUCAUCUCCCCGGAAUAGACUCCUUAACCUCUCUAUAUGCCUCAUCAACUCAAUGACUUUAACAGCAUGCCUUGAUGGUCAUCAGUUUGGGCUAUUUUGGAUCAAAGGCGAGACCAAGUUCCAGAUUCUCAAGGCUGUCGGCUGCUAGCACCGGCUCCUCUCAAAACAAGGCAGGAUCCAACUCAAGUGCCUCCGACUGCAACUGCAGUAUGGCAUACAGAGAGGGGUGAUCAUUGUGGUAGUCAGGGUAGGACAAAUAAACUGAUUAGGAGAAACUUAAAUGGUGAAAGUAAACAAGACUCUUAUAACUGUACAACCACAUUCAAGUGCCAUUAGUGAAAUGUCAGGAUGUAUUGAAUAUAUGUUGGCAACAGGGCAAGGAGAAAAUAAAGUUGACUUUUAUUAUUACUCCCUAAACUUAAGAAGGAAAACACUAUGAUGCAGAAUGCCAGAGCCUGUUUGUUAUGUGUAUAAAUAAUGGAAUAAUUUAUACCCCUCUACCAAUUAUAGAAUGAGGGAAAGCACACUGUAUACUUUCUUCUAAGGACAAAAAAAAAUUAUAGUAUGACUAAAAAUAUCACUCAUCUGAAACAGUUAACUAGUGCCUUUCCCAGAGCAAAAACAAUUUCAUCUACUUAAAAACAAACCCCUCUCCACAUUUUUUGCUGUUUAUCCUUUAUGCUGCAGGGGAAUAUUUAGGAAGGCUAAUAUUUUCUCAGGUAUUUGAUUCCAUCACAGCUUGUCCUAUUUGAUUACUUUUGUAGGUGGCAGUGUUAAAUGUAGCUAGUUUUGUGGAAGGUUAUCCUGUUUGUAAACCAGCGAUUCUACUUUAAUUUUGUAAAAGAUUCAAUGAGUGGUUAUUGGUAUGCAACUCAACUCCUGUUCACUCUGAAAUAGAGUACUAAAGAUGAGUAAGCUCUUAUGUCUUACCUACUCUAUCUAGGUAAAAGUAAAGUUUCACUUAGAGACAGGAAAAAGUUCUCUUCUGCAUUGACUAGGACAAUUAAUUGAAUCCAAGGUGGUUGUCGCUGCAUAUAGCAUGGUUGAAUCUAGCCACAUCUGUCCUUUCCUUCAAAGCUACUUCUUUCAAACAGAUACUGCUAACUGUACUCUUAAUUUUUAAUUUAUUUCUUAACUAAACAUUCUGGAAGCCCAAAAGUGUUCUACAGGUGCAUUGAAUGGUUUUGUAAUGGAAUAAUUGCCUUCUGUACAGAUACAGCUUUUAGGCAGCUCAAGUUACAUACACAUUUUCAGUGUUGCAGAAUUAUAGAAUUCAGUUGUCCCGUUGA